UAGGGCUGGAAUAGCAGUUGUUCGACCUCUACCUAACGUAUGUUUCACUAAACUCCACCAACUUUUAGAAGAAGUAAGAACUUUCUUGUUUAUUCUCUUAUAGUAGUUUUCUUUCGUAGAGAGACAAACUACUUUAAAUUCAUUAGCAACUUCUUUAUACAACUGCAAGUGGUAAAGCGAACUCUUACUUUUACGGUAUAGCUUACAUUUCUUCUUAUAUAAAAUACGUAAUUUAUCAUCGAACCAAAUUUCGUCUCGUGGUUCAACAGUUAACUCUUUAUAAGGUACAGAGGUCUUAAUACAAUCAAUUAAGAUUUCUUCAAAGGCUUGCAACCUCUCAUUAACAUUGUUAUAAUUUUUCAGAAACUGCUCUAACGGAAUUUCCUUGAAACGAUUAUUUAUGCUGUCCCAGUUAACAACAUUAUAUUCGUAAAUCGCACGUUUUAUUUUACCUUUACAAGCUAUGCGCGAGUUAAUUCUAAAUUCUAGAAAGUUAUGAUCACUGCAGUACAAUGACGGAUGGAUAGUUAGAUCACAGACAAAAGAAGCAUCAUCUAAAAUUAUUAAAUCUAAACAUGUAUUUGAUAUAUCUCUAGUUACCCCACGAACUAGCUGAUACAUUGUUACAGAAUCAAGGAAUUCAGCGAACUCAAUACCGUCCUUGAUGGAGGAAAUGUGAUUAUUAGACCACAAUUUGUUGUGCGCAUUAAAAUCUCCUACUAAUAAAAUUCUGUCACUUUUAAACUUUGAUGUAUUAAUUUCAUCCAAAAUUCUACGUAGUUCCUCCUUUAAUUGUUUUAUAGGGGUUAGUUUUGGUCGAUAAACAUUCACGAUCAAAACACUCAAUUUGUUUGAAAGAGUUAAACGUACAAUGAGCAUUUCGAACCGAGGACUUUCAAAUUCAUUCAGUCUAACUACGUAAAAGUCAUUUCUCACAUAAAUUGCGCAACCACCACCUUGUCGAUUACGAUCUAAGCGUAUUGGAGAAUGAUAAUGAAGAAAUUUUAUAUCACUGUCUACGAUAUUACUAUCCAACCACGUCUCAGUGAGACACAAAACUACCGGCGAACUCAAAGAUAGAUAAGCGUUAACUGCCUCUUUCUGCGAAGUUAAACUCCGAAUAUUCAUUGACGACAAAGUUAUGCUAGUAGGCACGUUGUUAUUAGUACUCACGGUGGAAAACACACACCACAUCGCUACCGCCUAACCAGGUCAUCUUGACGUUCGACAUAACAACAGAAUAAUAAAAAACGUGAUGAGAAAAAGAGAAAGAAAAGAAUAACUAAAGAAAAUAACUACCUUGGAGGUUAUGUUCCAUUUUAUACUGUCACAUAGUUAGACCAUGCAACAUAUUAUUCGUCAUACUCCGCCGUCGCCUAUAAAUUCGUCUUUAUGAAAAAAGUCGAAAUCGUUGAAAACGACAAUGGACACAGCAAUGGACAACAUUAAUUUAAUUCAGUUAAUCAAAAAUACUGUCACAUCCUUAUUAACAUCUGAUGUAUUCAUGCAAUCGAUUGAAACAAUAGUAAAUAGAGCAUGUCAACGACAUGAUGAACUAAUUAAACAAUUGACUAACGAGUGAAAAGAUACGAAAGAUGAAUUAAGGCUGGUACAAAAUGAUUUGAAUCAAUUGGAGCAAUAUGGAAAGCGACGUGAUCUUCUUAUUUAUGGAAUUUCAUAUACGAAAGAUGAAAAUGUCACUGAUAUUGUCUUAAAAUUAGGUAAUACAUUCGGUUUAACACUAAGGGAAAAUGAUUUUAACGCAAUUCAUCGUUUACAACCUACAAAAAAUUCAGUGGACAAGACGAAACAAUUAAUUAUUGUUAGUUUUCUGAGAUUUACUGAUCGUAACGCUUUUUAUUCGUCUCGGAAACGUUGCCGUGACCAUGAUGAGUUCAAGAACGGGUUUAUCAAUGAACAUUUGACCUAUUGUAAUAACCAAAUAUUCGUUCAUGCACGAAAACAUUUAGAUAAAAAACGUAUUUUUACAAGAAACGGUAAUGUUUUUCUUUAUGUGGAUAAAGGCAAAUAUAAACAAUUGUAUUCUACGUUGGAAAUUGAUAAUGCGUUGAAUAAUUUAACUGUGACAGUUACAUGA